CAGUUUUAUCGGCAGUAGUUAUCAUAAUGUGGCUGGUAACUCUUGUUGGGUCUUGCUUGCUAUUUGUUGGAUGUAUCAAAUCACAAUUCCAACCUGGUUGUAGUUUCUCAAAUGGACAAUGCAUCUAUAACGUCAAACUCGGACAUGCACAGACAUGUGACGCGGCUGGAAGUUCUGGUCAAGCAUCAACCACGACGCACUCAAGUUCUAAUGGUUGUUCAUGUGACGAUAUCCACAAGGUAGGGACUGACGUGACCUCAUUACGGACGACAGUGUCUGAUCUCCAAAAAGCGGUAGAUAAACUAUACAGUGAAAUGAAUAUCUCCAGAUCCGAGCUUACACAAACACAAGAUUUGCUCCAUGGAGAACAGCAGCAUGCCGCGGAGCUGCUGGUGACACUGAACAGUAAACAGAAAAUGCUGAACCAAUCCAAAGAAGAGCUGGCAAACGUUUUAUUGUCAGCCAAAACUGAGCUGGAUAAUCUUCGUGAGCAACUCAUCAACGCCUCCAAACAGCUUUCAAUUUGUCAGGGAAAUGCCGGUCUGCCGACGACCACAACUCAAGUUUACUCCGAGUACUCGACAUUUUACUGUGGCUUUGAGAAUUACCAAGGAUCCCUGUGUAACUUCCAGACGGAGACCGAUUCCAGCACGAGUUCUUCGCUGCGGAUGUACUGGUCAAAACAGAGUGGUCGACAUUAUUCCGUUACAGGACCAAACAUGGACCACACCUACGAAACAUCAUCAGGUCACUACAUGGUUAUCGACGCCCAGUACAUAUCGCAGCACUCUUCUUCAACCUCAGAACAUAAUUUUCGCCUAGUGUCGCCGACCUUUGAACCUGCGCAACAUUACUGUAUUCGCUUUUGGUAUAACAUGCACGGAACUGAUGUAAAACCACUUAAAGUUUAUGCAAAGAUAGGCGGUGGUCUUGGGAACCCAAUAAAAGUUAUCCAGCCAGUUAACAGUGUGGAUUGGAAGCUUGGGGAAGUGGAAAUAGGUUCCGAGUACACUGUCAACAAGUUCCAAGUUGUGUUUGAGGGUAGCACCGACGCCCACUACCGAUACUCUUACCAUACACAUGGGAGUACUAAGUCUUAUGUUAAUGAAAAUGGUAAUGUCGCCAUUGAUGACGUGUACAUCUAUAAUACAACUUGUCAAGACGUACCAAAAUGUCCAUCAAACUCGUAUACACACGUAAACAUGGACAACACGACGUCAUGCUAUACAUUUCACGCUACACCAAAGUCAUGGUACAACGCUAUCAAUGAGUGCAAGAAAGAAUCUUAUGGCGGCCAUCUCGCCUCUAUCACAGAUCAAAUGGAACAAGAUUACCUGGUUAAUCUUAUCAUGUCUGAUAUAGGUUUAAUGACGGCAGGACAGAGUGGAUUUUAUAUUUCUGGAAACGAUGAAAACUCAGAAAAUAACUUUGUUUGGACAGAUGGAGGGUCACCAUCGUCCCUUACCUAUAGCAACUGGUAUCCUGGGCAACCAAAUAACGUUGGGAGCAACCAGGACUGUUUACUGAUGCAGUACCCCGAUGCUGGGUAUCAAUGGGGAGAUGUGAGCUGCACAGAGACACAUCCUUUUAUUUGUGAAAGCAGAUACUAA